AUCUCCGCCGAGCUUCUCUUUCUCCAGUCUGCGCUGUGUUGUGUUGUGUGAGUGUGAGAGUUUGUGUCUCGGCAGAUUAAGUAGCCUGUUUUUGUCUCUUUGGGAUAUGAGAAAAGAUCGUACGCUUUUCUUUUAAACGUGUAUUCUGGAUGUACCUACUAAUGGAUUGAGCGCGGAUCAUCCGAGCCCGUUAUCCCGGACAGAGACCCGCUUUGUUCGGCCAGUAAUAGACGAAUCACGUCUGCUAUCGAAAUGAACGACACGGAGAAAGAUAACAAGUCUGAUGAAGACUCGGAAUCUCUGGAGGCAGAGGAGGUUGAUCCGAGGAUUCAGGGUGAACUGGAGAAACUGAAUCAGUCUACAGAUAACAUCAACCGAUGGGAGACAGAACUGGAGGACUCUCGACAGAAGUUUCGUGCCAUCCUAGCGGAGGCCACGGUCAAACUGGAGGAGCAGGUCAAGAAGAUCGGGAAAGCCGUGGAAGAGUCCAAACCGUACUGGGAGGCCAGAAGAGCGGCGCGUCAGGUGAGCUUCAAUCCUCGUCCAUGUUCAGUUUGUUCAUAG